CGUCCGCGCUCGGUGCCAUGCCGUUCCUUGGGCAGGACUGGCGGUCCCCAGGCCAGAGCUGGGUGAAGACAGCCGAUGGCUGGAAGCGCUUCCUGGAUGAGAAAAGCGGCAGCUUCGUGAGCGACCUCAGCAGUUACUGUAGCAAGGAGGUAUACAAUAAGGAGAAUCUUUUCAACAGCCUCAACUAUGAUGUUGCAGCCAAGAAGAGAAAGAAAGACAUACUGAACAGCAAAACCAAAACUCAGUAUUUCCAUCAAGAAAAAUGGAUCUAUGUUCACAAAGGAAGUACUAAAGAGCGCCAUGGAUACUGCACUUUGGGGGAAGCUUUCAACAGACUGGACUUCUCCACCGCCAUCCUGGAUUCCAGAAGAUUCAACUACGUAGUAAGGCUGUUGGAACUGAUAGCAAAGUCACAGCUCACGUCCCUGAGUGGCAUCGCCCAAAAGAACUUCAUGAACAUCUUGGAAAAAGUAGUGCUGAAAGUCCUUGAAGACCAGCAAAACAUAAGACUCAUCAGGGAACUUCUCCAGACCCUCUACACAUCCUUAUGCACACUGGUCCAGAGAGUUGGCAAGUCCGUGCUGGUGGGCAACAUUAACAUGUGGGUGUAUCGGAUGGAGACCAUUCUACACUGGCAGCAGCAGCUGAGCAGCAUCCAGAUCACCAGGCCUGCCUUCAAAGGCCUCACGUUCACCGACCUGCCUGUGUGCCUGCAACUGAACAUCAUGCAGAGGCUGAGCGACGGGCGGGACCUGGUCAGCCUGGGCCAGGCGGCCCCAGACCUGCACGUGCUCAGUGAGGACCGGCUGCUGUGGAAGAGACUCUGCCAGUACCACUUUUCCGAGCGGCAGAUCCGCAAGCGAUUGAUCUUGUCUGACAAGGGACAGCUGGAUUGGAAGAAGAUGUAUUUUAAGCUGAUCCGGUGUUACCCCAGGCGAGAGCAGUAUGGAGACACCCUGCAGCUCUGCAAACACUGCCACAUUCUCUCCUGGAAGGGCACUGACCAUCCUUGCACAGCCAACAACCCAGAGAGCUGCUCUGUCUCGCUUUCCCCCCAAGACUUCAUCAACCUGUUCAAGUUCUGAAUCCCAGCCCGAGACGGCACCUCACAAGGCCCUGCUGAUCAGAGAGAUGGCUGCGAGUUCGGAUGACUUGGUCUGUAAAUAGUGUACAUUUUAAGCCUUGGCUGGACACUUCUGAGCGAAGUCACUGAGAAGAGACGCAGUUGCCAAUGGGAACUUACAAAUGUGAACUUCACAUUAGAACUGGUACGGAAAAGCAGAGAUACUGUAAAUAAGACUUUUUUCCCCCCUAACAAUUCGCCAGCAAGACUAUAAAGGCAAGAACUCUUAAGUCUGCCAUGAAAAUGGAGUCUUCUUGAUGUUCAUGGAAACUUCCUAGUUCCCUAGGAAGAAAAAUGCAAAACUCAAAAAACACAAGAUAGAACACCCUGUUUACAAUGUGACCGUGUUGUUAAGACGUAAGGAAGGAGGAAGAGAAGGCUACAGUUGAGAAGUCCUGGGGCUUUGGGUUUGGAUCUGGGGUUUUGAACAGGCAAAGAAGUCCACCCAUCUGAAUCCUGCACGGGGCAUACAUAAGGCCUUAUCCUACGAAGAUGCCACACAAUGGUCUACCUCUAAAAGCAUAGAGUGCUCUCUGGCAGCAUACAUUAUCUAGCAGGCAAUGUCUGUGUUUCAUGUAAGUUCUUUCAUCUAUAAAGUGAUCUAAGAUGGGAACGAAUUAGGAAGAAAAAAAAAAACCUUCUUCUUGGUUCUGACUUCCUUUGCCCUCUCCUUUCCAGUAUCUACAUGUUGUUUUCCUUUCAUGUUGUAGCUCAUGCAGGGAACUGAAAGGCUAGCUUAAGAACAGCUCCAGCAGAAGUCAUGGAGAGCUAGAAUUAGGCACCUGUAGAUGGGAAGGCUUGGCACUUCUGAUUGAACUCUAGCCUCUUCUAAUUAACUUCUGGGCUUGUCUGGACUUCCUCGGGGAUCUUCAUGGAUUAGUGAAUGUCUGUGAACAUAGUGGCACCCAAGACCUGAGGCUUGAGAGACACACACUUUUCACACCAGCCAAUUAAACAUUCUGAUAGCUGCUGCUUCCCCUUGGCAGGGUAAUGAGCCGAGGCUCUUUCUGUUCUUUAGGUCCACCAUCAAACUUGAGUCAUCCUGAAGUGGGACUUUUCACAAGCAUGAUUUAAAAGGAAGCCUGGAGUUCCAGCCAGAUAGAGAGAUGAGUUCAUCUUAAACUUGUUUCAGGACUGAGUUAAAAGAAAGAGUUAAAAGACAAAGGAUCCCUGGGGGUCUUGCAAAGCAGAGAUAUGAACACUGUGGAAGAAAGCAAAUCUCAGGACUUCAGGAGUUAAUUCCUGGGGUGGGGAAAAUGUUAUUUUUUACUUUUUAUAGAUUGAUGCUUUUCUACAAUGUACAUACAUUUGCAGUUGUAUUUGCUUUUUUUUUUUUUUAAUCUCCAAAUAAAACUGCCACUAUGCAUGUCCUUGGCAAAGAAGCAGAAAUAGGAAUUUGUUCCAUAUAAAUGUUAAGUAAGGUAUUGUGUAACCUGAAGCAUUGAUGCUUGGGGUGGCCCUUGGAGGAGAGGAAAGAUGGCCGAGCAUACACAGGAACAAGGGGACAGUCAAUGCCUCUUCCUUUGGUGAUAGUCGUACUGUGAGACAGAUGGAGUCUGCAGGGCUUCCUGAUUGGCAGUCUCUGCCCUUAACACCGGAAGUUCUCCAUACUUCCUUCAUCCUUGAGGGGCAAAUUAAGUUGAAUUUAGAGGCCCGUAAUGCAAAAAGGGAAAUGUAAAAGAACAAGAGUUGAUGUAUAAAGUUGAACUUUAGAGAGUUCAAACCUGUAAGGGUUUUCUAUUUGUUCUAUUUGGUUUCUUUUUUUUUUUUUUUUAACUCUUCUCCCCAGAAUGAUUUUUACAUUAAGAAUGUAGGGCUGGGACUAUGAAGGAAAAGAAAGAAAAAAAGAAAGGUAGGAAGGAAGGAAGGGACAGACAGACAGACAGACAGACACUUUUUCCAUAAUUGUCAGACUCUCUACACCGGCUUGCCUUCUGUAAAGAUGUGGGGUGGAGCUGGGUCUGCCGGUGCUGUGAAAAGCACUGGACACAUCGAUUCUGAGUGAUAUUGCUAGGGUCGGGGGCUGUGGUCGCCACUGCUCUGCCGUGUGGUUUAGAGAUGGAAGGUUGUUGGGAACUUGUGAGUUCACAGUCCCAGCAACUUUGCCUGCUCUGGACUGCCAGCAGAAAACCGAUGAGCCGGUCUCGUGGAGAGUGUCAGCAAUGUGCAAAGGCCUAUAUCAUGCAUGCCCCAGGCACCAACCUGCCCCUGUGUAAAAUGGCCCUGGCCCCUAGCAGUGAGGUCAGAGCCUUUCGGAAUGUUGACUAGGUGCCUGCAGAUUCUCCAGGAACCUUGGUGUCAUUGGUAUGUGACACAACCAAAGAAUUGAUUUUUUUAAGAAUGAAAAAGAAAAAAGGAACAUGGAUGGGUCCCUUUCAUGGGUUAGUAGAAACUAGGAAGGAUGUGGCAGGUGGAGAGGGAGUGGGCGAGGAGUAGAAAUGAUGUAUCUUUGAUGGUCUGUGCGGGGAGGAGAGACAGGGAGAGUAGAGCAGGCAAGAUGUCCAUAUUAGGCCACGGCCAGAGCCUCACAUACAAGUAACCGGAGUUCAAAACUUUUUGCUCCUAGGACAUGUAUAGUCUAUAGAAUUCCUCUUGGCAAACCCACCCGGGACUCCCAGACCUCCAACACAAAAACUAAGAAUCCCUGACCCAGAACUGCUGCUACAAAAGCAAGAGGGGCGUGGCUCUAGAAAUUGCUAGAAGAAUUUUUCCAACACAAAGAAAAAAAUAUGUGUUUUCUCUCUACUGUACCUUCCCGUCCCUCCUUCGCGUGUUGUAAAGCAGGACUAGAUAUGCCCACUCUGAAGUCAUUCAGACAGCAAGAGAAGGAAAAGGUUCUGUCCAAGCCAUUUGAGCAAACCCAGGGUAAUAGUGACUCAAAACAUUUGAGAGCAGUCAGCUGAGUCUCUGAAGAGGGAGAACCAUUCCAUAUAAAGUUUAGGAAUGCUCCUCUUAUCGCAAGAGCCAGUAAAAGGAAAAAAUAAACCCAGUGACACUAGACCAUGUCCUGACUCCCCACUGUUGAGGGAACAGGUGCAUCAGUUGAAUGGAAGGGAAGGGUAGCAGAAAGGAUCAGCAGUUCCAAGGUGGGGUCCGCAGCCCAUCCGCUGGGAGAGGCUUUCUGGCUAGUGAUGAUCGAUUUCAGAUGAAAGUGGUUUGGACAAGAUACUUCCUCUGCAAAAGCUUUCAGCCAAAGAGCCGAUCUACUUUUGACUGGGAAAGCCAGCUAGUGGGUGGCUCAUCCUUGUGGCCUCACAAACCCUUCCCCAUGAGGUGCUUGCUGUGGACAUAGACUCCUUGUUUUUAUUGUUUUACGUGGAAGAGAAAAGGCUGGGGAUUUGAUUUGUCUAAGCGAUUGGUAUGAUUCACAGAGAGAUAAAUCAUCGCAAGAGGCGUUUAGCAGUAUAUGGUUCUCGGCAUUCAAAACAAUGUUUAUUAUAAAACAUGCACCUGGGUUUAUGUUUUUCUGCCUGGCUGCAGGGCAAUAACAUCUUGCUAUGCAAACACUCUAAGUUUUAUGUGUGAAUUUUUGACUGUAAUUUUAUGUGUGCAUUUUUUAACUAAACUAUCAUUUUCUAUGCUGA